AUGAGCCCAACUGAAGCUCAUCAGAACACUGGGAUCAUCCGGUUACUUCUCCAUUUCCAAUGGAAGUGGGUCGGACUUUUUGCAGCGGAUGAUGACAGUGGAGAAAAUUUUGUGAAAGUCCUGGAGCCCCUUCUUUCCCAAAAUGGAAUCUGUUUGGCUUUGAUGCGGAAAAUUCCAAACAAAUCCAACUGGAAUGACCUGGAUUACCUCAAUGAUAUAUUUUUAUCUACAUACCUACCUUUUAGAGGCAGCAAUGCCAAUACAUUUAUCUUCUAUGGAGAUUCUGUUGCACUUACAGCAAGCAUUCUUAUAUUCCUCAGCAACCCCAACUAUAAGGAAAAUGCAUCAUUGAGAAAAGUGUGGAUUAUGACAUCCCAAAUUGAUUUUGCACUAACAGGUCUUCAGAGGGCCUGGGAUUUUGAGAUCUUCCAUGGGUCCAUUGCCUUCACAAUUCCCUCAAAUGAACCUUAUGGCUUCCAGAAUUUUCUCCAAAACAUAAAACCUUAUAAAAAACAAGAAGAUGGCUUUCUCAAGGAAUUCUGGGAGCAAGCAUUUGACUGUUUCUAUCCGAAUCCCCAGGAGCCAGUGGAUGUCAGUGAAAUCUGUACUGGGGAGGAGAGGCUAGGCAGCCUUCCUGAGUCACUGUUUGAAAUGUGCAUGACUGGCCACAGCUACAGCAUCUACAAUGCAGUCUAUGCCGUAGCACAUGCUAUUCAUGUUCUGUAUUCGUUCAGAUGCAAUCAAAGGACUGUGAAGGGUGGCCAAAGAACAGAACUUAAAGAUGUCCAGCCUUGGCAGAUUCACCGCUUUCUACAAGUCAUUGCAUUUAACAACUCAGCUGGAGAAAUAGUAUCUUUUAAUGAUAAGAGGGAAAUGGGAGCUGCAUUGGAUAUAAUGAACCUGGUCACAUUUCCAAACAAGUCCUUCCAUAGGGUGAAAAUUGGACAGGUAAACUCCAAUGCUCCUGAAGGCCAAGAGUUCAUCAUUCAAGAGAAUAUGAUUGUGUGGCAAACCAUUUUUAACCAGGUGCUGCCCCUAUCUGUGUGCAAUGAUUACUGCAAGCCCGGCUAUCAUAAGAAAAAGAAAGAAGGGGAGAAAUUUUGCUGCUACAAUUGUGUUCCUUGCCCAGAGGGGAAGAUUUCAAGCCAAAAGGACAUGGAUGAUUGCAUCAAAUGUCCAAGUGAUCAAUAUCCAACCAAGGACCAAGAUGGAUGCAUUCCCAAGAGAAUGAGCUUCCUGACUUUUAAAGAACCUUUAGGAAUUAGUUUGGCUUCUGCAGCUGUUUCUUUAGCUCUGAUCACAAUCAUGGUGUUAGGGACUUUCAUUAAACACAAGGACACCCCAGUUGUCAAAGCCAAUAACCGGGACAUCACCUACAUCCUUCUCAUUGCUCUCCUGCUCUGUUUCCUCUCUUCUUUGCUAUUCCUUGGCCAACCAACAAAGGUGACCUGCUUCCUCCGACAAUCUUCCUUCAGCAUCAUCUUCUCAAUGGCCGUGUCUUGUGUCUUGGCCAAAACCAUCACUGUGGUUGUAGCUUUCAUGGCCACCAGACCCAAGUCCAGCAUGAGGAAGUGGGUGGGGAAAAGACUGGCCAACUCCGUUGUCCUUUCCUGCUCCCUUAUUGAAGCAGGAAUUUGUAUGUUAUGGCUUGGAAUCUCUCCCCCUUUCCCAGAUUUUGACAUGCUCUAUUUGACUAAAGAGAUCAUAGUAGAAUGUUACGAAGGAUCUGUCCUCAUAUUCUACAUUGUCUUGGGUUAUAUGGGCCUUCUGUCCAUCAUCAGCUUGAGUGUGGCUUUCCUAGCCAGAAAGUUGCCAGAUGCUUUUAAUGAAGCCAAGUUCAUCACCUUCAGCAUGCUCAUCUUUUGCAGUGUUUGGUUAUCUUUCAUUCCAACCUACCUGAGCACCCGAGGGAAAUACAUGGUAGCUGUGGAGAUCUUCUCUAUUUUGGCCUCCGGUGCAGGGUUACUGGGUUGUAUCUUUUCCCCUAAAUGUUAUGUGAUCCUGGUGAGACCUGAGCUGAACAGGAGAGAGAAACUAUUUAUGAACAAAUACAACAUAGGUUGCAAUUCCUAA